AUGGAAAAGUUUGAUUUUUACGACGUUCGCAGCUUUCUUUAUGCAUGUAAGAAUGAUGCUGAUACUGAAAAAGUCAUAAACAAGUACAUUUUAAAGGUUUUAAAUGGUUUAAGCAAUCCAGACAAAGAAGAACAAGGUGAAGCAAUCAAAUGUGCAAAUGAAUUCAUUACUAUCAUCAAAAAGAAGCCGAACUUGAAAAUAGAAGCUGAUAAGAUUGUGUCCUUACUACUUGAAACAAAUAAUCUUUUAAUUCGGAACGUGACCACUUUGUUUGUGAAACAAGCUCUAGGAAGAAUACCACCAGAGCAACGUGCAGAAACAAUUACAAAGCUUUAUGAUGCUCAAAAGAUCGUUCCGAAAUUAAUUGAUGCUCAAUUUUUCACAUUAGCCAUUGAAUGCAACAAAUACAUCAACCCUGAACAAUUUAUCGUCAUUUUAAACGCAGGUGUUGAGACUUGCGGCUAUUCUAAACUCAUACAAGGAAAUUCUGGACAAUUUAUUCCAAAUUUCGUCAAAAAUAACAUCAAUUUAUUCAAGAAAUAUGAGAAAUUAUACGCAAUACUUAUGACAGAAAACGAUAUCGAGGUUGUUACACCUAAAGACUUCAAUGCCGAAGUAAUAUCAAAAAUUGCAAUGGGAAUUUCUCAAUCAGGAGAGAACAUCAAGUGUCAUCGCGCAUUCGGAUUACUUCUUCAACUCGAUUACAAGCUUCCUAUCGACUAUCUCAAGUCAAAUCUCGGAUUUACAGAUGGAAUUCUUUUACUUGAGAAGCAAAUUGACAUAUACGACACGAUGCAGCCACAUACAAAGGACAUAGCUUUGAAUUUGGCUACAAGAACUACAAGCCCUCAAGCAUCUUCCUGUUUAAGAGCAUUAUUAAAGAAAUAUCAUACAGAAUUUGAGAACGACCUACAGUUUUUCAAGAUGUUAUUGAACUCAGAAGCCGACAAUUCAUGGAUCAUGCCCGUAUUAUACAUGUUUUCCCUGUUUGUUAAUUCAGAUUUAGUCCGACCACUUAUCGAAGAACAGCUCACAGAUGGAAACAGACAACGCGCAAUCAGAUUACUUAAGAAUCUAUACCAAUUUAGCGCUCCAAGACCAAGAUUGUUCGCUUGUGUUUUAUUUAAUGAUGGAACAAUGAUAGAAGACUGCAGAUUGUUGUUGUAUCCAUACACACAUAUCAUAAAAGAUGGAUUUAGAACACCAAUUGAUGAUCCAACAGCUAAUCCACCUUCGACAUCAGAAUUAUUCUUUGAACUCCUUCAGAUGCCAAAUCUGAAGCGUUUCCUUUGCAACAGUAACAGUACAAGAGCCGUUAACGAGCUUUUCAGGUUCGCAGCCACUUGCAAAGUCACUCUUCCUUUACCUUUUGAUUUCAUUAUCCAAGAAUUUUCAAAUUGUCCAAACGCUGCUUUAAACAUCUCCGCUUUCCUUUAUUACGUCACAACAAACAGCGAAUUCCAAGGAGAGUUAACUGCUAAUAUCGUUGACCAAUGCAUUGACGUAAUGAAAUCAGAAAACGACCAAGAAAUCAUCGAAGCAAUUUCUGGUUUCUUAAAAUGGUCAAAUGCAAAUAUUGAUAAAAGUGAAGUGACCACUUAUCUUUCUGGAAGCAAGAAGAUUGCAUUUCUUGCACAUUUCGGAGAACCAAUUGAUGAAUGCAUUGACAUGUUGAACAAUCAAAGUCAAAGCGCAUUUGCAAAACGAUUAAUCAUGGUUUUGGCGAAACGAAAUUUGUUGAAUGAAAAACAUUUCGAGAUUUUAUUCAAGAAAUUCUCAAUUGAUUCAUAUGGUAUUGAGAUAUUAUCUGUCAUCUCGAAGAACAACAAAGACUUAUCUAUGAGAAUUGUUGAGUGUCUCUUUAAUCCACCUCUUAUUUCAACAGAAAGAGUUGAAGUCAUCAUUUCCGGUGCAAAAAGUUUGGUCGAAAUAAUUGACGAUGAAAAAUUUUUUUUAAAGAAAAUCGAUGACGGCUUGAAACAAGAGAGAUCAAGAAGAAACUCAAGUAUAUUUUUACUCUAUCUAGUUAACCACAAGAUACCUGAAAAUCUUUGGUAUGUAACUCGUUCUUUGUUGUUCUGUUCUGGCGCUGAAAAUGGAGUUGUCAGAACCGCCGGAAUUUUAGGUUUGCCACUUUUGUAUUCAAAAUUACAAACAGAGGAACAAAAGAAGAUUUUCGAUGACGCAUUCCACGGAAGAAACAAACCAAGCGAUAUCGAUCUAAACCCUCAAUCUUUGACAGGUUUGCCAAGAUCUCAAACAAUUUCUGCCAUUGUAAAGUUCUCAAAUAACAAACUUAACACUUUUCUGAACAUUAUGACAGGCAUGAUUGAAAACGAGUUUCUUAUCUUCACAGGCAUAAACAUUCCUAAAGAAUCCGUUAAGCCUGAAGACAAAGAACGUUUGGCCGCUCUAUUUUACAUCGAAUCAUUUAAUCCUGAUGAAGACAGAGCGAAAUCAUUCCGAAAGUUGUACAACUGGGCCACAGACGGAGGCAAACUGUUGUCACUCGAAUCCGUCAUCAACUCAAUGAACCCAGAGGCAAAUGAUUGGAAGGAACAGCAAACAAACAUCGGUUGUUUGAAAGACGUUAUUUCAAGAAUGUCAGUUGAACAAUCUCAAUUUUUCUUUGAAAAAGUGACAAAAAUUUUAUUGAGAAUUGCAUAUGGUCCUGUAGCAGAAUUCCAAAUAUUAGCCAGUGAUGUAUUAGAUAAAUUAGUUACAAAGUUAGGCACGAAUCUUCCUGACAAAGUAACAAAACAAUUAUUGGAUUUAAUCAUCAAAUCCGUUGAUUCCCAAUUGAUGCAUUUAACUGUUUUGUCAAUGAAAUGGUGCAGCCAACUCUCCAAAAACAUUACAACAAAGAGCGAAGCAUUAGCUGUCUUUGAAUGUUUGUUCCACGCCAUUUCUUCUCAAAAUACUUUCAUUGACAUUCCGAAAAUGUUGGCAAGUGAUUCAUGGGCAAACAUGCAAAGAACUAUCUUCAAAUGCAGUGAAUUAGCAUUGAAUGAGUUCUUUGAUAUGUUAAUGGAGAUGUACCAGCAAUCAUCAACAAUGGAAACAGUGAGAUAUGUUAUUUAUUAUUGCCUGGAUUCAUGUGUUCGAUCUCCAAACAAAACAGCAAUUUGCCAGAGAUUGGAAGAGAAUUUGAACCAAAUUUUCUUGUCCUGCAGUGAAGAAAAACAUGAACAAGUCAUUCCGAUAAUGACAUCAUUCAUGCAACACGCGUUGAGUUGUAUGUGCAUCUAUUACGAUGAUAAUUAUUGCUAUGAUGAUUUAUUGGUUGAUUUGUUUGUCAACAAAGAAAGACCUGAUUUAGUUGCGAAAAUAAUUGAAAUGAUGUGUACUUAUGAUCCUCAACAUCUCAGGCAAUCAAUAACUCCUUUGAUUUUGCUGGCUUCUUGUUUGGAAAACUCUUUGAAAGAAUUCGUGAGAGUUCUUAAAGAAGAGAUUGUUUUGAGAGUGGAAGUUAAUUCCGAUCCAAUUAGAUUCUGCAGGUUUUUGAUUGAUAAAGGCAUCAAUGGAAACUUGAUGAUGAAACCUGCAGGAGCAAAGGCUUUGAAGAAAGUUUUCAUGGUUAUGAACAAUGAUUCUAAAAACAAAAUUUUGCCAAUUUUGUUGGAAAUAAGUGAUACUUUGGAUGGAAGAUUAUAUACAUCUAAGGAAAAAUUAAUUGAUUGCAUAACAUUGUCAUUAAAUGGAUUGCCUGAAAUACCUCAAAAACUCAUUGAUACAGUAAUUAAACAAUGCAGUAGACAGAAAUCUGUGUUCAGGGCUGCAGCUGCAAAUUGUGUUCUCGAAAUGAAAAAGAAAGGAAUUAAAAUUGAUGAAAAUAAAUUUGGUGAACAAUUGUUACAAAUGGCUAAAGAUGGAACAGGAAUCGCUGUGGAAACAGCUGCUUUGUGUGCUGAAGGUGAUUGGGUACAAAAAAUUGCUGAUGUUGUAUAUUCUAGAGUAGAAAAAGCUGAUAAAGAAUUGGUUCCAAACUUGAUUUGCGCAAUUCAGAACUUAAAGGAACAUAAAGCUCCAGAUAACUUUAAUAUGGAUGAUCUUAUUGCAAAACUUGAUACUAUUGAAUAA